AUGUCGAUGUCCUCUUCUUCGCCCCCAACGCUGGGUUCAACGAUCUCUCCCGGUGCAGCGACGACGAGUUCCACAGGGCUGACUUCGACAACGUUAACAGGGCCGAGUACGACGACGAGUUCCUCCGCCUCUCCAUCAAGCGCAAGCUCAGGAGGUCAGACGUCAAGCUCCGCCAGCGCGAGCUCCACGGGUACCUCGGGCUCAUCAGUACUUAGUUCAGUCAGUACCGGCUCGCCGACUAGUUCGAGUUUAGCUAGCACCACAACCUCGAGUGCUAGCUCGGGGCCGACUACCAUCAUUAAUAGCUCAUCGACAAGCUCUUCCGUAGCGAGCUCAACCACGAGCUCAGCGGUUUCUCCUAGCACAAGCUCGACAGGCCCUAGUACUUCCACAGUCUCAAGCACAGUGGCCACGACUUCGCCCGGUUCCAGCUCGACGAUUUCCACCUCUGCCGCAGGGACAUCCACUGUAGUAACCACUAGCACUGCCUCGAGUUCUACAACAAGCUCGACGGGGCCAACGGUAUCCACUACGUCGGCUGCACCGACGAGCACGACGGUCUCUAGUGCCUCCACGGCAAGCCCAGCGGCGUCUACUACUCUCUCCUCUUCGAACGGUGCUGUUACGAGCUCGACAGGCUCAUACGCUACCACCGUCACCACACCAGUUGCCGCAACAAGUUCAACAGGCAGCAGCGUCGCCGGCUCGACCGCCUCAAGUUCGACAGUGUCAAGCGCCUCGACGACGAGCUCAACGGGACAAAUUAGUACUACCACUCCUUCUUUUAUAACUACCACUGUCUCUAGUGCAUCGUCAGUUGCCACCGGCACCUCAAGUUUACUGACUUCUUUUUCUGUAGGUUCCUCAUCAGCGACAUUCACAGCCUCUUCUACAGCUUCUCCGGCGACCACAACCACUGCUGUGCAGGCCACAACAGUCUCAACGGCAACUACUGCAUCGGCAACCUCUCCGGCGACAACUUCGACUGUGGCAGUUGCAUCUUCCGCCUCUCUGUCCACUAUCGGCACCAGUAGCGUAUACUCCCCUCCAGCAGCUCCCAACUAUUCAGCCUUGGCCUCAUCGGUGACAGUUGCUUCAGUGGCGGCCGGAGUCACGGGAACCUUGUGCUCAGGGGCCAACGUCAGCCCUGGAGUAGCUAGUCAGCCAUUGCCCGUGGCCACAGGCGCUUACAAUUAUCAGAAGGUGGCGAUAGCCGACUCCCCAAAUGCGGUCUACGAGAUUGAAUGCUGGAUGAGCUCUGGAUCCACCGGUGGAACGGUUACCACGGCGAGCGGCCAGUAUUACUCUCUCGAGAGCUGUAUCAGCGCCUGUAACGCAGCUGGAACGGCCACUUGUCUUGUAGCCUACUGGGCUUCGCAGAUCAGAACAUGUUAUCUCUACAGCAGGGUCAACACCGGCGGCGUGUCUGGUUUGGCUGGCGGGCAAUCCCCAGCCAAGAUUGUGGGUAGCGGUGUCCGGACUGCACGGCUCCUCACCGGCCAGCCGGUUCCAAAUGUGGUCGACGCAACCUAUCUUCUUGCUCCCGGCGCCGAUCUAGGUCUCUGCAACAAUAACAAUUAUCAGUUGGCCUUCGUUGGCGUGUAUUACAAUGGCUUAACUGGUACGGGCCCGGCCACGAUCAACAACAAUCGAGACAACAUCUGGUAUGUGUCUUGCGGUUCCUCAUUCCAGAACUCGCAGUCAGGAAUCCAGUUUACCCCAGUCUAUUCUGUCGGCACCCCCAUCUUUGGCUUCACCUCAGCCCCGGCCACGGCGGACGACUGUGCAAGAGUCUGUCAGUCCUACCACAGUGCCUUCCUUGUGUCCGGCGGCCAGGAUUGCCAGCUCUGGCAGUUCGUGCCUACAGCAAGUACCCAAUGUCAACUAUAUCCUUCGUAUGCCGGGGUUGCCAAUGGGGCAAGCCCGGGGACCCUGAAGGAUGGAAACAACAACAACAUCUUCGCUGCUGGCCUCCUCCGGGGUAAUUCUGCGACGGAAUUCUCUUCACAGGCACAAUAUAAAAAGCGAUCUUUACCUGCCGGGAUGGAGUAUCCCCGCCGUCAUGCCAGGGAUUCUCUUAUCGAUGACGGAAGUGUUCCAAAUAUUGUCCUGAAAUUUGACCAGGGGACUGGCAACUGGACCGAAUCAUGGUGA